AUGACUCCUGAACAGGCCAAUCGUUGUACAGAAUCUCACAAAGCAGCAGACGACAAACGUAAUGAAUCAACAUGGAAAGGAUGUGAUGACACUGGGCUAAUGGGAUGCUGCUGCCGACAUGAUGCAGCUAUCUAUUUGACAAACAUAUACAAAUCUGGCGAGCAGAGGCACUUCCCGAUGACCAUAAUCAAGAAGCUUCUCUCCGACAUUGAGCCCAACCGUCAAGUUGGAAUAUUGUAUGAUAUAGGAUGUACAAUGGAUAAAUAUAUUGAUCGUCGCCAACUCAUACCACAAUAUCGAAGCCAACUUAAAUUUGGAACAUCAGUCUUCCAUGCCUAUGCCCACAACUGGCUCUGCCAACUUGAAUUUCAUCCUAGAUUCAAUAAAGGCUGGGGGUUGUCAGAUGGUGAAGGUCUUGAGAGGCUUUGGUCUUAUCUCUCCUCUCUUGUCAGCCCCUUAAGGUAUGCCACUCGCAAUCAUCGGUUGGCUGCUAUAUCACAUCGAGUAAAACAUCACAACAACAGAGGAAUCAAACAGCUUCCUUACUGGCUCCGGAGAAAGUUUCAUCAGGCCAUUAAACGGCGACAGGAAACUCAAUCAACUCUGACUACACUUCUAAACAAGCGGAACCCUCACGAACGGCUUGGCCAAAACUUCACAAUCGACUUCUUCAAGAAACAAUGGAAGGCCCAGCAGCAAUUUCACACAGAGCACACGGAAGCCGAGAUAGACCGUAGGAACAAACUUGUGGCACUCUACAAGCGAGAAGCAACUGUUGAGUACAUGAGGUAUGCAUACAAUCAAAGUCACAAUCAUCACAACUGUCUGACACUUCACCUCAGGGAACGAUUACAGGGACCUGAAAUUUUCUUGGCCACUGUGGCUGAGGUUCGUGAGCUCAUGGACUCAAUAGUAGCACAGUCUGACUCAUUGGCAAGUGAAAUUGCUGAGCUCACUGGUCGAAUGGAGGGGGGAUCAAACAGAGAUUACGAGGAGGAGAAGCUCCGACUGCUUCUCUGGGAUGCCAAAUCUGAGCUGUUUGUGCAAGCCGUUCAUAUUCAUGCAGAGCGGCAACCUCUACUAAAUUCCCAUAUCAUGGGAUCACAUCUUGGCACCCAAGGAAAAGAGAACAUCAUUAAAGCACUGCAGAACCGACGUCCAGCUGUCAAGAAAAUAAUCGAUACGUUCAAUGGGCUAUACGAACAAUUCCAACAGAAGUACCCCGAGCAGCAUCUGUCGGACGCCCACGACCAUCCUCUCACAUACGAUGACUUUGUUGAAUGGGAAAUGGAUCACCCAUUUUGGAAUGAUGGUUUGUAUCACCAUAUGGAGGCCCCUUGGUCAAUCGACCCAGACGUCAAAACGGGUAUCAACUGCAUUCUAAUCCUUCGUCGCGUUCAAGAGGAGUUUGAGCUCAUUGCUCAGGAAUUGGCCAGGGCUGUCGGUUGGGCCAUUCGCAACCCACUCACAACUAACUGA